AUGGGCAUGGAGGACGUCGAGCACUUCGAUGAAGCGCUCCGACGCAUGACCGCGAUGUAUUUCCCCAAGCAACCUGCUAGCAAGGUGCGUCAGUAUCUCCGGGAGACCCGCAAGCCGUCCAACAUGUCGGUGGAGGAGUACGUCGCGCGCUUGCACCAGAUCAACGAGUUGAUCCAGUUCCUGCCACCACCCAACAACCGCCUGACCAACCACGAAUUGCGCGAGAUUGUCGAGUCGAACAUGCCGGCGGUGUGGCAGAAGAAGUACGAUGAGAGUGGUCAAGACUACGAGACGCUGGAGGAGUUGGUCGCGUACUCCCGCCAUGCAGAGCAAAAGCGUAACAAGAAGCAAGGCAACGCUCCGCGUAAGUGGUGCGAGUUUCACAAAUCUCGCAGCCACGACACCAGCGAGUGCCGCGCCAAGAACAAGAGCAAGGAGGAGGCGCACUUCAUGGACGUGGAAGUGACGGAGACGUGCUACAAGCUACAACAUCGAGGAGUCCGCCGGCGACAUGUCGCACAAGCAGCACCCGACGGAGGACCAACCAGCCACGCCUGCUCCAACGCCCAAGGCAAGCGCCCCAACUGCCAGCUCAGACGACCAAGUCACCACGGAACUGCUAGUGUCCAUCCCGCUUCCAAGCGGCAAGUCUCGAUCAGUGAGAGCCUUGGCUGA